UCCGUUAUCUGCUCUGCUGUAUCAGUCUCAGAACAUCAACACGCUCUCUUCAGAGGAUUUCAUCAGACUCCUCAGGGAAUCUAUGGUUGAACUGAGACAACCCCAGCCAACAGCAAGUGAGGAGGUGACAUGGCCAGGGGAGCACCAAGAGAGGAGAGGGAGCUGUCGGAACCUGAGUCUGACCAUCCAGGCCCUUAGGCACCACCUCCCUAGACCCUCCCCAGCGGGUAUGAUGACUGACAGGCUGGGAGAGCAGGGAGACACAGAGCCACCUGAUCAUGACCUGCCUCUUAUAGCUGCGGUACUUUACUACUGUGGCUCUGUCUGAGAGUGAGUGUGCUGAGGAAUAAUACUUUGGCAAUGAUGAAUAUGAAAAUAAUGAAUUUCGUUGUCUCAAUGCAGGAGAAACCCUGGACCCCGGCACACCUCUCCUCUCAAUCCCUGUCCAAGGAGAGCUCUGAAUCUAUGUUCUCUUUCACAUCUUCCCCCUCACUGCCCUGCCUGAGACCGGGCAUCCCAUAUGUUUAUGGGAGCACAGUAAUGCUGCAGCGGAUCUCAUCCCUGCUCAGUGAUAGAGGACGGUACCAGAACAGUCAGGGCGACAGCCCUUCCCCCCCAGCAGACAUACUCCUCCCAGACUACCCUGACCGGACUCUGACACUAGAGGGUGCCACAGACCCUGUCUCCUUCAACAGCCUCAGUAAAGACAGCAUGGAGGUGGAGGAGCUGGUGUUCUCCACUGAGUGGGGAGUGGAGGACAUAAUGACCUGUGAUAUACCAGGAGACGACGUCUUCAAUGUGGAAGAGGAGGCAGUUCCUCCUGUAGAUGUAACGUUCGACAGAAGGCAUAGUCUGAGCAGACUGAACCUCCAUCCUCAGUUCUACAGUAAUGAGGACAACCAAUCAGUGCCCUCUGUACCUGAGAUCCAAGUGGAGAGUCACAACUUCCUGACACCUGACUAUGAGAAAAUGGACUACUACAAGGAGGUUACUGACAAAAUCAUGCAUGCACCAAGUGUGAGUGACGUGUGGAGCAUCAUGCCUGGAGGGGACAAAUCAGGGAACAUCCUCCCCCAGACCUCCACCUUCUCUGGGGCUGUUGCUGCCUCAUCUCACUGCUUCCUGGAGCUGGAGCCCUUACAGAGGGCAUUCGACCCUCCACCGCUUGAGGAUUCAGUGGAAUGUUUCCGCCGGGACUCCCAGGAUGCAGUGGACCAACCGGAGAUCCUGACCUCCUGUGCCCUCACUGAGACCACCCAGGAUCUGCUCUCUGAGCUCCACCAGACCUUCUGCUUCCUGGAGGAGCUGGGAGACACAGGGUCCAGUGGCCCAGAGACAGAGAGAGGCUCUACCCUGGUGGCGGAGCAAGACAGUGGGGCUUCCGGGAGGUACAUCAGGCCCUUCUCUCUCCAGGACUCCUCUCUGCUCAUCCCCCUGCGGAGGUCCACACGCUCCAGACAGCUACAUGUUCCUGGAGUGUCUUUGUCCCCUAGGACUAGUCCCAGCUGCACCCCCCAGCUCAGCCCCUCCUCGGCCCUAGAGACAUCCAGGGACAGGUUACCUGGAGGGGGGAAGGCCUCGCACAAGGAGGACGCAUCAUGCUUCAGAAGCACCCCAGAGGAUAGGCUAGGCCACUGUAAGCUGGGCAGCUGGUGGAAACAAGCCCUGGAGACCCGGAGGGCAUCCACUGGCCUACUCCCUGCCAUAGAGCAGGUGUCCACCAUCUCACGAGAAAAGAGGGCCUCUCUCAUCCCAGGGCAACUCUACUCCCACAGUACGAUCAACUUCCAGGAGUCUCCGGCCAAGCAGCGAGGAGACAAGUGGGAGGUCAAACAGGCGGAGAAAGAGGAGCUGAUGGAACGCAGGGGCUCUGGGAAGUUGCCCCACCAGCGAGUGGAGCAGGGCGUGGCGAGCCAUAGGGGAGCCAGAGUGAAGAAGGGCAAACGGGUGAAGAAGGCAUGAGGACAUCCCGUUACACAUCUAUACUGUCGUUCUGUAGAGUGACGAACAAUCAGUGUAUGUGUGUAAGAUCUAAAUUGACAAAAUCCUGUAUGGUAUUACUGUUGUGCUACACUUCAAACCACUGUAAAUCUAGUCAGGUGCAGACUGUUAUUAAAUGUUUUUUA